AUGUCUAAUAAUUCAAAUUUAUUUGCAGGUUUUGAUUUAUCAACACAACAAUUAAAAUUCACAGCAAUCAAUGAAAUCGGCAAAGUGGUAUUUGAAGAAUUAGUUAAUUUUGAUAAAGAAUUACCAAGUUAUGGAACAAAAAAUGGUGUAAUAUCAAAUGAGAAUGUUGUUAUUUGCCCUACAUUAAUGUGGAUUGAAUCAAUUGAUUUAUUGUUGAAUAAACUAUCUGAAAAAAAAUUUCCAUUUCAUCAAAUAAAAGCAAUGUCUGGAGCUGCUCAACAACAUGGAAGUGUUUAUUGGUCAGAAAAUUCUUUGGGAAUUUUAGAAAAUUUGAAUCCAACUGAAAUUUUGGUUUCACAAUUUAUAAAUGCCUUUUCUAUACCAGAUUCACCAACUUGGCAAGAUUCAAGUACCACAGAACAAUGUAAGAAUUUAGAAAAAUUAAUUGGUGGUAAAGAAAUUUUGGUGAAUUUAUCAGGAUCAAUAGCUUAUGAAAGAUUCACAGGAAAUCAAAUUACCAAAUUUAGCCAAACAAAUCCUUUGGCAUAUUCAAAAACCAAAAGAAUAUCUUUAAUUAGCUCAUUCCUUGCCUCGAUAUUCCUUGGUAGAUUUGCACCAAUUGAUAUAGCUGACGGAUCAGGAAUGAACUUGCUUGAUAUAAACAAUAAACAAUGGAAUGAUGAAUUAUUAAAAAUCUGUGGAAAUGAUUGUAGAAUCAUUCCAUUUACAGGUGAUAAUCCAGCCACUCUUAUAUCUAUGAAUCUUACUCCUGGAGAUAUAUUAAUAUCAUUAGGAACAUCAGAUACAAUUUUAUUGUACACAAAUAAACCAUCACCAACAAUCGAAUCACACACACUAUGUCAUCCAACAAAUCCAUCAGCUUAUAUGUCAAUGAUAUGCUAUAAGAAUGGAAAAGAUAAACUCAAUGUAGAUAAUGAAUUUGAUGUAGGUAGUGAACCUGAUGUAGAUAAUGAACCUGGUAUAGUUAGUGUACAUGGUGGGGUUAAUGAAUUUUCUAUUGUUAGUAAAUCUAAUAUCAUAAGUAAAUUAUAA